AUGGGCUCUGACCCCCAAAUGCACAUAGAAGGGCCAGAAGAGGAUGGAGUGCGCAUGGUGUGCAAAGCCUCAGGAUGGUUCCCAAAGCCCCAGGUGCAGUGGAGAGACCUCAGUGGAAACAAGUUCCCAGCGCUUUCUGAGGCUCACACCCAAGACACUGAGGAGCUAUUUAGCGUGGAGGCCACUCUGGUGGUGAGAGACAGUUCUGUGGGGAAUGUGACCUGCUCUGUCCUCAACCCUGUCCUGGGCCAGGAGAAGGCCAUGGCUAUUUACAUCCCAGAGCCCUUCUUCCCUCAGGCUUCUCCCUGGGAGCCAGCAUUUGCUGUGAUCCUGACCAUGCUGGGGCUCCUACUCUUGGGGUCUGGGAUGGCUCUCGCUUCCCAUGGUAGUCCACUGGUUAGAAGGGGCAGUUCUUCACCAGAGGCUCAGCUCUGGCGAGUGUCUGCCCCACCAGGAAAGGUGUGGACCAGGCCUGCUAUGCCCCUGGGCCCCACAGAUGCUGGCGUGGGUGGAUCUGGGCCUCUGGACUUUAUCUCCCAUGGCAAAAUCCCUGCCAGGGUGGGGGUUUUCCUGGACUACAGUGAAGGGGAUGUCUCCUUCUAUAACUUGAUGGAUGGUUUUCAUAUUUUCUCUUUCCCUCCAGUUUCCUUCUGUGGAACUCUCUUUCCAUACUUCAUGUUUAUGUAUGGAGAUGUGUCCAUGACAAUUUGCUCCAUGGAGAGUCUGAGGGGCUCCCUAUACAGCUUGACAAUUCAUUUCCUUUAG